AUGACCGGCGUCCUGCCGAGCCCGGCGCCGGACAUGCACGCCAGCCAGCUCUCGGCCGGCGGCUAUCAGCAGCACGGCCUGCACAAGCCGCAGGAGUCCCCCACGCUGCCCGUCUCCACCGCCACCGACAGCAGCUACUACGCCAACCGGCAGCCCUACGGCCAGCCGGUGCCCUGCCCCUACGCGCCCGGCACCGCCCCCUUCCCCGCCAAGCCGGGCUACGACCCGGGUUACGCGGCCGCCUACGGCUCCUAUGGGCCCUACGGCGCCGGGGCCUCGCCGGCCGCCAACGACUCCGAGAAGGAAGAGUGCGAGCCCGAGGUGCGGAUCGUCAACGGGAAGCCCAAGAAGGUCCGCAAGCCGCGCACCAUCUACUCCAGCUUCCAGCUGGCGGCCCUGCAGCGCCGCUUCCAGAAGACACAGUACCUGGCGCUGCCCGAGCGCGCCGAGCUGGCCGCCUCCCUCGGCCUCACUCAGACCCAGGUGAAGAUCUGGUUCCAGAACCGCCGCUCCAAGUUCAAGAAGAUGUGGAAGUGCGGCGAGCUGCCCGCCGAGCCGCCCCCGCGCCGCAGCGCCUCGCCGCCGCCCCCUGCCUCGCCGCCCGCGUGGGACUUCGCCCCGCACCCACGCGCGGGGAGUGGCUCCCCCGGCCCCGCUGCGGCCUUUCUCGGCAGCUACGCGUGGUACCCGCCCGGCCCCGCGCCGUCCGCCGCCUCCCUCCCUCAGCACCACGGCGGAAGCGGCGGCGGCGUCUUCUAG